UGGAUGUUGCAUCCUCUUACGAUAGGUCCUAGUCUAGUGACGAGUGUUGAAUUAGACUGUAUUGUCUUUUAUACAUAUCAGGUUUGAUUUAUUUGUUCGUGACUAUUAUUAUUAAAAGUCGCGAAUUCAAACCAAUUGUCAGCAACAUGACAAUGUUAGAAGUAAGUUCAAAACAAAAAUUCUUCCAACGGCCGGCUGAAAAAGAAAGCUAGCAAACCAAAAAUUUCGAUACGAACAACGAAUAUUACAGCAGAAACAUCGAUCCAACGAUACUAGGACGCAAACUAAAUGUUCCAAAACAGAAGCUUUUAUAGUUUUAUGCCACUCAAAUCUGCAAUUUUUCCUAAUUUUUUUAAUCUGCAUUCUGUUCAUCAGUCAUGGACGCAAAUUCUGCAACUUCUGCAAGAUCGAGGUCUCGUCGAUUCAAAGAUCAACGUAGAGAAAUUGCCAGGGAAGACUCUCUGGAAGCUCCUGUUGGCUCCGACACUUCUUCUGUUUCUGACAAUGUUGAGCUUCAAGUAGAGCUUACUUCAAUGACUGGAAAGGGGAUCAGACGGCUAUGUUCAGAACUCCUUGAGCUUAAGAAGGCGUCCGAGGAAGAUUUUCAGCAGAACAUUUUUUCCAGUUAUUCGGCAUUUAUCAGUAUAUUUAGAGAAAUGGGAGGAAUGGAAGUUCAGUUGAUGGAGCUGAAACAUCAUGUUUCGACCCAAAAAAUGCUGGUAAAAGAUUUGAAAGAUGAAGUUUAUUUAAAGAUCAUGCUUGAUGAGACCGUGGAAUCAGUCAUUGAGGAAUCUUUAUUUGCUGAAUCAACUCCCGCGAGCAUGUUAAAGGCUCAUACAGAAAGUGUUACAGAUAUCUUGGAUGCACUUCUGUUGGAGCACAAACUAGACGAGGCUCUCAACGUUCUUGAGAUGGAAGAGGAAACACUCCAGAAUAUACAGUUCCAAGAAAAUCUGGCGCCUGCAAUUUGGAUGUCUUAUGAAUCUGCAAUAUCAGAGAGGAGGGUAAUUUUGGCUGAUCAGUUUAAAAUGUUGGCCUCAAACCCUAGAGUGCGCGCAGCAGAGUUGCAAAAGGCAUUAGUUGGCCUUUGCAGGCUUGGGGACAAUAGUGUGGCGACUCAAAUACUGCUCAACUACUACCAUUUACGCAUUUUAUCUGGCAUAAAUGAAUUGCAAGUCUCAGAAACAUAUCCAUAUGGUGUAUACAUUCUUGGAGUUGCAAAAUUUGUAUUUUCUUCAAUAUCUCAAGCAGCAAAGAGCUUCAAAGUCCUGCAUGGACAGACUGCUGCGUAUCCUCCAGAAGUGAUGCAGUGGGCUUACCAGGAAACUGAAGUAUUCGCCAACUGUUUUAAGAGAUACAUCAGUUCCAUAACAGAAACAAGUAGUGGACUAUCGACAACAGCAGAAGCUUUGCAGUUUUCUUUGUCUUAUUGCUCUCUAUUAGAACCUCAGAGGAUACUGUUGCAGUCAUGCUUAAUUGAUUAUUUACGUCCAUGUAUUGAUGAUGCCUUAAAGAUUCAUUUCAACCAUUUUAAGAAAGUCAUUAAGAUCUUCACGUCGACUGAUGCUUGGAUUCUAGGGAGGUAUCCAGCAUCUGGAAUCUUUAAUGAACAGAGCUGUGUGGUGGUUAAUGGUGAACAAUUAGAGUAUUUCUUGCUCACUAACAGUGGCAGGAAGUUUCUAACAAUGUUGCAGGCCAUCAAGGAAGACACGUCGACUUUAGUGAUUCUUCAAAUGGAAGGUGCAGUCCUUAAAGGACUCAUGGAUCUCUUCACCGAGUACACUGUUAUCCUGGAGAGUUCACUAGAUGAUAAAGAAUAUGAUGGUGCAGAGGAAGUUGAUUCAAGUGUUAACUCUGCAGAGUCACUGGUACAACAAGUUUCAGUUAUCGCCAAUUUAUCAACACUAGUAAAUAUCUUCUCUAGUAUAGUCAGAAGUAUCUUUGAAGAGAGCAGUCAUUUGGAGUUUGAAAUAGAAAGUUACAUAUUGUUUGUUCAAGAGGCUUGCAGCCGACUCAGAGCUGAUCUCUGUGAGCAAUUCAUACGUAAAAUUAUGUCUCUGGAAAGUGAUCACAGUCUUGUUCCAAAUGAGUGCACUUGGACCCAAGAUGACUCUGCUUCAUCAGAUGAUAUCAUGCCUUCCGUUCCUUAUCAGGUACUAUAUGCAGAACUAAGAAAGCUUGAAAAGCUUGCUGAAGAGAAUUUUAACGAAGAAUGGUUGAUGGAUUAUCUAAGGGACCUUGUUGAAGCCAUGUUUGUUUGGAUUUCUCGCAAUGAAGAAGCCUGGAAAAUCCCUGAAUAUUCAGACGACAAUCACUAUAACCAUAUGAAGCAGUUUGUUCUGGACAUCCAAUUUUUGGUGGAAAUCGCGAGAAGUGGAGGGUAUCUGACAAACAGCAUGGUUACUGAUUCCUUCGACAUCAUAUCUAGAAUGCAAUCACUAUUUGCUUCUGCCGACUUAGAUUCUAAUAGAAGUAAAAUUGACUAUAAAUGGGCUGUAAAUGCUGCCACUAAAGCUAUUCAGACGCUGAUAGAGACUGAAGAGAGAAAGCUGAAUCCAAAUGACAGUACCGAUGUGUCUGUGUCAGAAGUGCAAGAGAUUGAAAGCACAAUGUCAGAUUUAGAUGAGAGUGCUGAUCAUUCUGAGGUAUCGGAUGGACAAGAUGCACAAUGUUUACGUGAUUUUCUUGAGGAUGAGGAUGAGGCAAUCAGGAACUCAGAAUAUUAUGUCGAGUCAGUUGAGGAUUCAGUUACUAAAGAUACAGCAUCAGUUGCUGCAGAUGCAGAAUUGUUGAUGUCAGAUAUGGGAGUUGAAUGUACUAGUGAAGAGAUUGAUACCCUAUCUACUAUUGCUGAAAGGAACUCAUCCAUGAAAGCAGUUUCUCUUGUAGAUGUCGAGAGAGAGGAUUUGUUUAACGAAGCAAAAAACGAUACACAAGUAGAAGCAAAUUGCUCUGAAAUCGACACUGACAUGCAUAUUUAGAUGCAUUCAGAAGUUUUUAGUACAGAACCAGAGUUUCCAAGUACAAAUGCAAACCUCUUGCUACCAGAUUUUCUUAAUGUUAUAUUUACACUAACAUAAAAGAGUUCAUCAAUCUUCUGUCA